UCGCUGCUGCCGCUGCUGCUGCCUCCGAGCCCCGCGGCGCGCACAGGAGAGUUGUAUUGUUCUUUGCCCAACCCUAGGAAUGUCCGUUUUGAAUCUGUAAAUAUGAAGAAUGUCCUUCACUGGUCAGCACCAGAAGGAACAGGUGAUGGAGUAUUCUACAAGGUGAAAUAUGCAGUAUACGGUGUUGGAAAAUGGAUUAGAAAGCCAGAAUGCAAAAAUAUAAACAGAACAUGGUGUGACCUCUCCAAUGAGACCUCUGACUACGAAGAGCAAUACUAUGCAAGUGUCAAAGCAUUCCUAAAUGGGGCAUGCUCUGACUGGAUGGAGACCACACGAUUCAACCCUCUAACAGACACUAAAAUAGAUCCACCCAUGGUAAGUGUAUCUUCUACUGACAGAUCUAUCUCAAUCGUUUUGACUGCUCCUGAGAAGUGGAAGAGAAGUCCAGAGGAAGAAUCCAUAUCUCUGCUUCAGGUGUAUCCUGGCCUACAGUACAAUGUUUCUGUCCUCAACAAAAAAACAAAGAAGCGGUGGUUCUUCUCCAUCAGCAACAACACCUUGGUUGUGCCGUGGUUAGAACCUGGAACAGCUUAUUGUGUCAGUGCACAGAUACAUGUACCCACACCAGUUUUGGACAGUGGCUAUUCCAAAGAACAUUGCAUUACAACACUGAAAGAUAAAACAGAAGAUGAGACUAUAACAAUCGCAUUUGGAUAUGUUAUGCCUACCAUGCUGGCUCUCCUUUUUACUUCUGUGGCAUGCUAUUGGGUGCACAAGUAUAUUCACAUCCACAAACAAAAACAUCCAACAAACCUGGUGUGGCAGUACACUGACAAAUGCAAGGAGUGGGUUUUCAUACCAAGUGAAAAAAUGGUGCUCAACCUUAUCACUGUUGAUGGGGAUGACUGUGAGGAAUCCAGAUAUCUGUCAGAAAGGAAAAGUCCCCAUUAUAACACUGCUUACAAUGACACUGAAGGGAGGGAUUUGCCUUCUGAACAGGUGCUGAAAGCAAAAUAUUUGCUUGAUUUUUCAUGUGAAGAGAUUUCACUCAAAGAGGAUGCUUUAGUGGAAGGGAACCAAACUGGAAACUGGGCAUCUCAUGGCCGGUCUGGAACACAGAAUACUUGGAGAGAUAAAAAUGCAGAGGUUGUGGAGUAUGAGCAUGAUGUAAGGACUGAAGAUUUCGGUCCUGGUCAGAAACUAGAAGGGAUAUUUUCUGCCCCUGGGGGGCUACAGGGUGAGCCACAGGUUGCUUUGGGGGACUUGGUUGAUAUGGGAACAGGACAGCCCUAUUCCCCCCAGCUAGAGAUACGGGUGGCACACCUUUGUUUGGGACAGAAAACAGAGGAACUUGAUUUGAAGGUGGUUGAUGCAGCAGAUGAAUUGCCAAGUGAGACCCAUAUCAACUUCAUGGACCUGGAUACUGAGAAGUCUGGGCAGGCAUCCUAUCAUCAUCUGGAAAAAACCACACAGGGCCUCACAGAGAAAGAAGGUAUGCAGACCAUAUUGGUUGAUUGGGAUCCUGACAGUGGAAGACUGUAUAUUCCUACUUUGUCCAGUGUUGAAAAUCAGAUGUGUGAAGGACUAUUCAAGUAUGAUGAUCCCGACAAAGAUGGAAUUUUGCUCAGACUCUAUAACAAAGGGGUAUCUGGUGAAUCACCUGAGGACCAAGAAAUGUAUCUCCUGCAGUUCAAGGAACAGUGGGGACUUCAUGUAGAAAUGGAAGACUGAAAGUAAUUUUCCAAGAUAUUCAAAAGUGAAACAUCUUGUUUAUUUUGCUAAAGAGAGUGGUAGACUCAGGGGAACAGGCAUGUCUUAAUGUUUUGAAGUUUUUGGAACCAUCACAGUUUAACAAUUUAUUCAUUAAAUGUUAUUUAUAACA